GGAAGAUCAUGUUUCUGGAGAUGGGGUCAUGUGCCCGCUGGGCUACUUUCCAUGUGGCAAUAUCACAAAGUGUUUGCCCCAACAACUUCACUGUAACGGUGAGGAUGACUGUGGGAAUCGGGCCGACGAAGACAACUGUGAAGACAACAACGGAUGGUCUCUGCAAUUUGAUAAACAUUAUACGAAGGACAAAUACAAUAAACUGAAGUCUCUGUAUGCAUUUCAGACGAAGACACCCAAGUGCUUGGCUGGUGCUGUGCCAGCAGCGUGUACCUGCCAAGGCCUGGAGAUCUGCUGCGACGCUGCCAAAUUGCGUGCUGUCCCGUCAGCCUCUUCAAACAUAACCGUAAUGUCUCUUCAGAGGAAUCUGCUAAGGAAACUUUCUGCUGACAAUUUCAAGAAAUACCAAGACCUUAAAAAUCUGUAUCUUCAGAAUAAUAAAAUCAGAGCUGUAUCUGAACGUGCUUUCAAAGGUUUAUACAACUUGACAAAACUAUACCUGAGUAACAACAAGAUAACCAGUUUGAAGCCUGGUGUCUUUGAAGAUCUCCACAGACUCGAAUGGCUGAUAAUUGAAAAUAAUAGGAUAAAUCGGAUCUCGCCAUUAACAUUUUACGGACUCAAAUCACUCAUUCUCCUAGAGAUGAUGAAUAAUUCUCUUGCUCGUUUGCCUGAUAAACCUCUGUGCCAAUAUAUGCCAAGACUCAACUGGCUAGACCUUGAAGGCAACCAUAUCCAUCAUGUAAGAAAUGCCACUUUCAUCUCCUGCAACACUCUAACCGUACUGGUGAUGAGACAAAAUAAAAUCAGCUCUUUAAAUGAAAACAGCUUUUCUUCUCUCCAGAUGUUAGAUGAAUUAGAUUUGGCUAGCAACAAGAUUGAAUCACUUCCUCCAUAUAUAUUUAAGGAUCUAAAGGAGCUUUCACAACUGAACCUUUCUUACAACCCCAUCAAGAAAAUACAAAUAGACCAGUUUGAUUUUCUAAUUAAACUCAAAUCCCUCUUGGAGGGCAUUGAAAUUGCAAACAUCCAGAGAAGAAUGUUCAAACCCCUGAGAAACCUCUCCCACAUAUAUUUUAAGAAAUUCCAGUAUUGUGGAUACGCCCCUCAUGUGCGCAGCUGUAAGCCCAAUACUGAUGGGAUUUCAUCCCUUGAGAAUCUUUUAGCUAGCAUCAUACAGAGAGUGUUUGUCUGGGUUGUAUCUGCCAUCACCUGCUUUGGAAACAUUUUUGUUAUCUGCAUGAGGCCUUACAUCAGAUCGGAGAAUAAGCUCCACGCCAUCUCAAUAAUGUCUCUCUGCUGUGCUGACUGUCUGAUGGGAAUAUAUCUAUUUGUGAUUGGAGCUUUUGAUCUUAAAUAUCGCGGAGAAUACAACAAGCACGCUCAGUUGUGGAUGGACAGUGUUCAUUGUCAACUGGUUGGAUCGCUGGCUAUUCUGUCUACAGAGGUGUCAGUCUUACUGUUGACUUACCUGACUUUGGAAAAAUACAUCUGCAUAGUUUAUCCUUUUAGGUGUUUGAAGCCCAGAAAAUGCAGGACUAUUUCCAUUUUGGUUCUUAUCUGGAUAAUUGGGUUUGCUGUUGCUUUUAUCCCUCUGAGCAAUAAGGAAUUUUUCAGGAACUACUAUGGCACCAACGGUGUCUGUUUUCCCCUUCAUUCAGAACAGUCAGAAAGUUCGGGAAGUCAGAUUUAUUCUGUUGUCAUUUUUUUAGGUGUAAACUUGGCAGCUUUUAUCAUCAUUGUGUUUUCCUAUGGGAGUAUGUUCUACAGUGUUCACCAAACAGCUAUUACGGCUACUGAAAUUCGGAAUCAUAUUAAAAAAGAGAUGAUCCUCGCUAAACGUUUUUUCUUCAUUGUAUUUACUGAUGCAUUAUGUUGGAUACCCAUUUUUGUUUUGAAACUGCUUUCUUUACUUCAAGUAGAAAUACCAGGUACCAUAACUUCUUGGGUGGUGAUUUUUAUACUGCCAAUAAACAGUGCUUUGAAUCCUCUUCUCUACACUUUGACUACGCGACCUUUCAAAGAAAUGAUCCAUCAGGUUUGGUAUAAUUACAAACAAAGAAGAUCCAAAAGAGAUAAAAGCAGUCGGAAAACAUACGGUCCAUCAUUCAUUUGGGUAGAGAUGUGGCCAAUGCACGAAAUUUCGUCGAAGGUAACGAAACCUGUGCUUUGUACAGACUCCUCUGAUGCUUCGAUGACUACACAGUCAACAAGACUAAAUUCAUACACGUAAUUACAUUUUGAACCUUCACGGUGACAUCUGCACUGUUAGCUUCACAUCUGUGGGCUUACUGCUUUACAGCAAGGAGGAAAAAUGGGGGAGGUAUGACACCUGGGCUCACGUUGAACCGAAGCAGGAAAAAGAGGGAGCAGUGUGUCUGUCUCUGGGUAAAAGCGACACAACAAUAAUUUUACCAUCUCGCAAUGGUACCUGACAUUUUGACAAC